AUGAACUCAACCACCAUCUCCAAAGAGGCCAGCACCCAGUUCUCAUCAUCUACAACCAGCCAAGGCUAUGUUUUACCAGAAGGCAAAAUCAUGCCAAACACCAUUUUUGUUGGUGGAAUCGAUGUUAGGAUGGAUGAAACCAAAAUUAGAAGUUUCUUUGCUAGAUAUGGUUCAAUAAAAGAAGUGAAGAUAAUCACGGAUCGAACUGGUGUGCCCAAAGGCUAUGGAUUUGUUUCGUUUUAUAAUGACGUGGAUGUCCAGAAGAUAGUAGAAUCACAGAUAAGUUUCCAUGGUAAAAAGCUGAAACUGGGCCCUGCAAUCAGGAAACAAAAUUUCUGUGCUUAUCAUGUGCAUCCACGUCCUUUGGUUUUUAAUACACCACCACCACCACACUUUCAGUGUCUCUGGAGCAGUCACAACCCUGUAGGUUACAUGCAGCCUCCAACCAUGAUGCAUCCUAUAACUCUGUAUGUGCAGGCAUAUCCUUAUCAAAGUUCACCAGUUCAGGUCAUCACUGAUUAUCAGCUGCCUGUAUAUAAUUACCAGAUGCCACCACAGUGGUCUGAUGGGGAACACAAUAGUUAUGUUAUUCCACCUCUGACUUAUACAGCUGUUAACUACUACCACUGUAAUGAAGUUGACCCAGGAGCUGAAAUUUUGACAAGUGAAUGCUCCAUUCGUGAAGCAACUGCAUCCUCUGGAAAUGGCCCACAAAAGAAAUCUGUGGACCAAAGAAUACAGACAGUGGUAUCUUGUCUAUUUAAUCCAUAG